AUGAUUCCAAACAGACGCAAAAAGUCACGUUCGUCAAGAGAUAGGAGAGACCGAGCAGCUACUGAACCCGCACGAGCACAUCCGUCCAGGGAGCUAGCUAGUGAGCUAUCACCUGCACCGACGUCUAGUGGCUUUACCGAACGGUCUAAAAGUGAACUUGAACUCAAGUUUGUGAUUGAAAAAACGAGUCACCAGAGCACGAGUGAAUCAGCAAGUGUCCCAGUGAGUGAAGAAGCAAGUGAAGGGGAAACGAUGGAAGAAGUCUCUGCUGAACUUCAGCAACAGCUACAGGCACUGGGCAUUAACCCAUCGGAUGACGUUUUUCGCACAGGCACUGAAGAGUAUGAUCACAAUGGACUGAGCUCACCUAUUCCGCAAGAAGUACGCUUUAUGAACGCGGAGCUCCGACGCUGCCCCGUGGAAGAUGUUGGCAUGGUGCUUGCUAUCUUUUCUGGAUCUGGAGCAGUGUAUGAGUUUGUGCGAACGUUGCGAAAGUGCAUUUACGGAAAAGUUAAGCACGCUGUGCGGCUUCAGAUGACGCCAAAUGGCACUUUUGUGCGCACGCAGCUCGAGGUGGCCAUUAAGGUCAUGAGCAAGGUUAUUAUAGAGGAGGGAAAUCUACAAGAAAAUCCGCUUGUCGAGCUUGCGGCUCAGCAGUAUCUGUCGAUACCUGGCCACGAAAAUGUGCUUACACUGCUUGAGUGUUUGCACGACGCGGACUUCAUCUAUGCCGUACUUCCAUUUUGUAAUGGUGGUGAAUUGUUUUCCGUGGUGGAGAGUGGUGGUGCCAUGAAAGAAUCUGAAUGUCGCCACUGGUUUACCCAAGUUCUGGCAGGUCUGUCUUACUUGCAAAGUCGCUACAUUUGCCAUCGUGACAUGUCCUUAGAAAACGUGCUGCUAGAUGGUGAUACUUCGAAGAUUAUCGACUUUGGCCUGACCAUUGGCAUUCCCGUCGAUUCACAUGGCAUGACAUAUUCACUGCCGCCUGCUGGUGCUGUUGGCAAAAUCUUUUACAUGCCUCCCGAGAUUUACCGUAACCAGGUUCCUUUCAACGGAUUCUCAGCGGAUAUUUGGUCAACGGGCGUCAUGCUUUUUAUCAUGGUAACGGGCGCCCCACCAUUCGAGCGGCCAGACGACGCAGACCCGCGGUUUCAGAUGAUUGCGCAGGGCCUCAUGGGUGACAUGUUAGACUCGUGGGGCAUGGACAGUGUUUCUGCGAGCGUGCGUGAUCUAAUGUCGAAAAUGCUUAUCGUGGACGACCCGUCGCGACGCCUAACUGUAGAGCAGAUCGCACAGCACCCGUGGAUUCAGGGUGGAUAG